CACAUUCAACAAAAGCUUUGAUCCUUGUACACAUUACAAUGGACGAUAUAUGGAAGCCAUCCAAGAAGGAAAAAUGGAGCAAUGGCCAUUCCACAUCACCCUCGUCUUCAUCUUCUAAGUUCGCUCUUUCCAGGAGUUUCUCGGCCAAGACCUCUUCCUCCAGCUCCCCCGGUAACCUCGUGAGGAGCGGCUCCCAGCGGAGCUCGUUAUCGUCGUCGUCGUCGGGUGUCCCGUCGUCCAAGGGCUCGCUCUCCCGGAGCAUGUCGCACAAGGGCUCCAACAUCUCGCGCAAGUGCAGCAACCUGGCCAAGGAGCAGAAGGCGAGGUUCUACAUCAUGAAGCGCUGCGUCGCCAUGCUCCUCCGCUGGCACAAGCACGACGAUUCCUGACAGGACAAGCUCCGGACUAUACAUAUAUAGGGGGACUGUCGUACGUAUAGCAUAGAGACGGAUCCGAUCCAGCAAUGGAUUUUGCGAGAGAACAAGCAUUUUCGUUCCGGAGGAGCCGAUGCGCGGUUCCGAUUUUGUUUUCUGCUUACUCUUCUUCUUUUUCCCGAGGAAUUGGAUGCACUUGUGAUUGUUGUUGCCAUGUCGAGUGAGCUACGCACGGCUUUUCACACGGGGUUGUAAUUUUGCAUCGAAUAGAUUUGAAUCACAUGAGAUUGCUCCA